AAAUUACCUCACUAAGCAAAAUUCACCUUUGGCUGCCAACAUUUAGCUCAAUAUGACUUCGUUUAUCGUUAAAACUGCGCUCAUCCGAUGUGUUUUACAGACACCAAGAGUCGCAAGCAAGCAUCGAGCACUGGAGCUGUUGUGUUCAGGCAGAAGUUAUGCCACCGGAGGAAACAAGGCACCCAAAAUCUACACCAAAACUGGAGAUAAAGGGUUCUCCAGCACAUUCACUGGUGAAAGGAGGCCAAAGGAAGAUCACAUUUUUGAAGCCUUAGGAAAUACAGAUGAGCUGUCAUCAGCAAUAGGAUUGGCCAGAGAGUUUUGCCUUGACAAAGGCCACACAUUCACAUAUCAGCUGGACAAGAUACAGUGUGUUCUACAAGACAUAGGCUCAAAUGUUGCUACUCCUCGAUCCUCUGCAAGAGAAAGUCAUAUGAAGAGAACAAAAUUUACUAGUCAGCCAAUUGCAGACCUGGAAACGUGGAUUGAUAACUUCACGGGGGAACUCCCACCACUGACCAACUUCAUUUUACCGUCUGGUGGGAAGAGUAGUGCAUCCCUGCACUUAGCUCGGACCGUAUGUCGGAGAGCAGAGCGCAGUGUUGCUCCAAUUGUACGCUCAGGGGAAGCAGAUCCAGAUGUGGCCAGGUUCCUCAACAGGUUGAGCGACUACCUGUUCACAGUUGCCAGAUAUGCAGCCAUGAAAGAAGACAAAGAGGAAACAAUCUACACCAGAUCUGAAUGAUCACAUGCUUACGAGGAUUAAGACAAAAGCUUAAUUUGUUUCUUUCUUGGAUAAUGUUGAAAGACUAUCCAGCCAUGUUGUAAAUACAUAUCACUUGUAUGUUUAUCCUUUUUAAUGCCGUGGGCAAUGUCAAAUCAAAGAUAAAAGCAGUG